CUGACAAUCGAACGAGCAGGAAAUUUUCGCCUAGCUUCAGAUAUAAAUCUUCUCUCGUGCUUUUAAUUUCGGGACUUAUCAUCCGAGAGCUGGAAACUUUAAACCGCUCCGGCUUAUCUAAUCGAAGAGUCGAUGUCGGAGAGCGAAGAACAACGACGCGACUACGUCACUUUAGUCAAAAAUAAAAAUGCCCGAAAAACCGAUGAAAAAUGACUGUAAAAAUAGCAGCGAUAAGGCUGCAGAAAACAUGGAAAGUCAUGCAGUGGGCAUGAGUAUAAAAACGAAACACCACGGCGACGAAAUCAAUCAGUCGAGUCGAGUUUUUCAGCGGGGCGGACAUAUAAAUUUAUUAACGAACCCCGGCUUAUAGCCGAAUGAUGAGAGGCGUGCAGUUAUAACAUUUGCAGAAUUCACCAGCGAGUUGAAAAAAUAGUAAAGUCCGACAAUCGAACGAACUUUGUGUGUGUCAUAAUACUCGUGCUUGCUUCGCUGCCGCCGGUUCGUGAUGAAAUUAUUUAUGAAAAAUAAAUGGAGUUGCUACUCCCCCGUUCUGAUGCUGCUGGUCGUGAUGCUGCUGCAGGGGAAGCCGGGAUCGGCGGACACGACCACGAAUGCAACAUGCAGACACGCCACGGACAUGUGGGGAGAUCCGGACCCCAACAUAUUCCACGUGUGCUCCGACGCUGGACAGCCGCUGCAGCUCCGUUGUCCGCCGGGCCGGGGAUUUUUCAGCGGUCUCGGUUACCUCGGCUGCGUUCCCUUCGCCCAGUGGCCCGCCUGCCGGCCCUCCGAGGAGCAGGUGGCCGCCCAGCUGUCGGCUGGCUGUGACAGCGACGGCAGUGCACCCCCCUCGCCCUGGGCCUCCGCGGACCCCAAUCAAUUCUACCUCUGCCCCGGGACAAAUGCCACACCUCUGCUGCUCACCUGCGCCGAGGGCAAGGGAUUCGUGGCCAACUCCGAGGUGGUCGGCUGUGCGGACUGGCCCAAGUGGCGCCACCAUCUGCAGUGCGAGGCAUUCUACUGAUCCAUGUUAUGUCUACCAUGCUAUAUCAAUAAUCACCAUCGACUCGAAUCAAAUUUAAUUUAUUGGGUAACCGCACUG